AUGUGUUUAAAUGGUUGAGUGUGUAAUAGCGAAGCAGCUGGUCGUGUCAUUGUUAAUAACUUGGUGGCAAAUUUAACCUUGAAUAAGGAAUAGAAAAAUAUUAAUAAUUUUCAUUCAAAGACGGAAUAAUCGAAAUACAAUGUACGAGAUCGCUCCAAUAGAUAAAGAAAACCAAUUGAAAAUAUGGAAAACAAAGUUCGAAGAAAAUUCACUGACUCAGCUCGAUUUUGCAACAUUCAUACAGUGCAAAGCACCUGAUUUUCUACACGUAAAUCAACAACCAAAUUCCGAUUUAGGAGGCUACACGUAUGAUGAACAAGCUGCUCAAGAAAAUGUUGUUGAAUUACUGGAAACGAUUAUAUGCGGAGAAAACUCACAAACUUUUUGGGACAGAAUUAAACUUGAUGACAAUGCGACUGUGUGUGGAAAAGUAUUCAAAAUCGGUGAACCUACAUACAGUUGUCGUGAAUGCACAAUGGACACAACUCAUCUUUCGUUGAACCUGGUGACGAUCGCUCGUUUUUUAGUUGGACUGUACGGAAAAGAUGUUCAACAGAACAUAUGAACGCAACGAAGGAUUCCAAAAACCAAGCAAGCUGCAG